UCCCUAUUAAUACUCUUUCUUUCUCACCUGUACUGUAAGCUCAUUCUCUUCCUCUGCAACCUCUCCGACUUGCGACUGCGGCGCGGGUUCGCGAUUCUGGUGAUUAAAGAAAAAAACUUCGUGAAAUUCAUCAACCUCACAAUGGGGCUUCAAAAAUCACAUUCCUUCAAGCCAAAAGCGCAACCAUUGUCCAAACCAGAGCAUGAUGUGAUGGUUACCGACGACCAGAGACCAUUGGGCACUCCUGAUCCCAUUGCCGAUCAACCUAUUUUGUCCGACGCAGGUUAUGCUUCGUGGAUGGUGGAGCAUCCUUCUGCACUUGACUCCUUUGAUCAGAUGAUGAAGGCAGCUAAGGGGAAAAAGAUUGUCGUGUUUCUGGAUUACGAUGGUACUCUCUCCCCAAUAGUUAACGACCCCGAUAGGGCCUUCAUGUCUGAUGAGAUGCGUGCUGCAGUACGUGAAGUUGCUAAAAAUUUUUGGACUGCGAUAGUCAGCGGUAGGAGCCUGGACAAGGUGAAGGAGUUUGUGAAGUUGAGUAAUGUGUAUUAUGCUGGGAGUCAUGGAAUGGACAUUAUGUCACCGGUGAGCCCAAGGAAGCAAUGUAAUGGAAAGUAUCAAAACAUAGCUAAUGUUGAGAAUAAAGGGAAUGACGUUCUCUUCCAACCUGCUAAGAAGUUUCUGCCUGCAAUUCAAGAGAUACUCUCAAAAUUGGAAGAAGAAACCGGAAAGAUUCAAGGUGCACUGGUGGAGGACAACAGAUUUUGCAUCUCUGUUCAUUACCGGCAGGUUCAAGAAAAGGACUAUGGAAUGUUAGAGGAGAAGGUGAAAUCUGUCCUUCAAAAGUACCCAGAUUUUUGCCUCAGUGAGGGCAAAAUGGUUUUGGAAAUCCGACCAUCUAUAGAGUGGAACAAAGGGCAUGCCUUGGAAUAUUUAUUGGAAACUUUUGGGUUUAGAAACUCCAGAGAUGUUCUGCCAUUGUACAUAGGAGAUGAUCGAACUGAUGAGGAUGCUUUCAAGGUCAUACAGAGUAGAGGACAAGGAUUUCCCAUCAUUGUUUCUUCCAUUCCAAAAGAAACCAAAGCCUCAUACUCCCUACAAGAUCCAUCGGAAGUGUUAACCUUCUUGUUACAUCUAGCAAGUUGGAAGAAAUCCUCUUAUUCAAACAGAUCAAGCUCUCAAUUCUGGGGUAUAGGUAAUUGAAGCAAAGGUUUUGUUUUGUCUAUAUAUAGAUGGAGCACUUUAGGUGUUUUGUGAAACCAUUGUGCAUCCAUCCAGCUUGUAAACGACAAUGUCAGUGCCUUCCCUUUCUGCAUCUGCUUUACUGGUCCUAGUAGUAGCUUAAAAAAGGAUAGAAGGAGGACAUUUUUAGUCGCCUCAGCAAAUUCUCCCUUUUUAGCUUCUUUGCUGGUUGUUCCUCUUUUCUCUUAGUAUGUAUGUAGAAAACCUCUUAUAUAUUAAAUCUCAGUUUCUGUU